CCUGCUCUUUUUCCUUUCUCCUAUCUCUUCCUCCUUUCUCACAUUUCUUCUCUUUCUAAUCAACACAAACGCAUUUCUCCCCUCUUUAUUUUUUUUUAAAAAUUUUUCUUACCAUUUCUGUCCUUAAAUCUUUAUUUUUUUCGAUUUAAUCCCAAAGCUAGGUUUUCUUUUUUGGAUCUAUAGGAUUUGUCAAUUUUGUUUUCUAUUGUUUACACCAUGCAUUUGCACUUGAUUUUUCUGGUCAAUGUAGCUUGAUUUCCGUUUUGAUUAGGGUUUUGAUCCCUCAUAUGCAUUGGAAGAUUUUUGGGAUUCUGUUUGAAAGCAUGUGAUUGUAAAGAUUUUUUUCCCUAACCCUUUUAAAUAAAAAGGAAGAAGGUCAAUAUUCUUUUAACAAAAAUUGAUUGCAUUUAAGAUUGAUUUGGUUCUUAUCGUCAAUAUUUUUUUUCCUUUGCUUUCCAAUUUAACACUAACUAAAUGCGUUGAUUGUGAAAAGUUAAACUCUUUCUAAAAAAAGAAGGGAAAAAAAAAGAGAUUGGGUGAAUCGGUGAAUUUGUUAAAUCUUUUGGUUUUGAGGGCGUGAACGUAAGAAGGCUCAUUGGUUACAAAUCUCAGUAAAUAUAGCAAUUUUUGGCCUGGGGUUUGAGUUAUCUAGCAAUGGAGAAAUCAAAGAUUGACCUUACGGUUGGUGGUAAGUUUAAGCUGGGAAGGAAGAUUGGGAGUGGAUCUUUUGGAGAGCUAUAUCUGGGUGUAAAUGUGCAAACUGGAGAAGAGGUUGCUGUUAAGCUGGAACCUGUGAAGACCAAGCAUCCACAGCUUCACUAUGAGUCGAAGUUAUAUAUGCUCCUUCAAGGAGGCACUGGAAUUCCACAUCUCAAAUGGUUUGGAGUUGAGGCUGACUACAAUGUCAUGGUUAUCGACCUUCUUGGACCAAGCUUGGAAGAUUUAUUCAACUAUUGCAACAGGAAAUUUACGUUGAAAACAGUUUUGAUGCUUGCAGAUCAACUUAUUAAUAGAAUAGAAUACAUGCAUUCAAGGGGCUUUCUUCAUCGUGACAUAAAGCCUGACAACUUUUUAAUGGGCUUAGGACGCAAAGCAAAUCAGGUAUAUGUCAUUGAUUUUGGACUUGCAAAGAAGUACAGGGAUCUUCAGACUCACAAACAUAUUCCAUACAGAGAAAACAAGAAUCUCACUGGCACAGCUCGCUAUGCAAGUGUCAACACUCACCUUGGAGUUGAACAAAGCCGAAGAGAUGAUCUGGAGUCUCUGGGCUAUGUGCUUAUGUAUUUCCUAAGGGGAAGUCUUCCCUGGCAAGGACUAAAAGCUGGCACAAAAAAGCAAAAAUAUGACAAGAUCAGUGAAAAGAAAGUUUCAACUCCCAUAGAGGUGCUUUGUAAAUCAUACCCAUCUGAGUUUGUAUCAUACUUCCACUACUGCCGGUCAUUGCGGUUUGAGGACAAACCAGACUAUUCAUAUUUGAAGAGGCUAUUUCGUGAUUUAUUUAUUCGAGAAGGCUAUCAGUUUGAUUAUGUUUUUGACUGGACGGUUUUGAAGUACCCUCAGAUUAGUUCUAGUUCUAGAGGACGGACUUCCGGUGUGAAACCUGGUCAUGCAGGACCGUCUGCAGAAAGACCCACAGAAAAGGUCUCAGUUGGGAAAGAGAUUCGAGAUAGAUUGUCAGGUGCAGUUGAAGCAUUUUCUACAAGAAAGGUCUCUGGUUCCAGUCCACAUGACAUUUCCAGGAACAGAUCUUCAGACAUUCAACCCGAGCAGGAGAAAGGGCGCAGUUCUUCUCGAUAUGGUAGCAACUCGAGAAAAGCUGUCAUCUCAAGUAGUAGGCCAAGUUCCUCAUGUGAACCUAGUGAAUGUCGUUCUAGCAGAUUACAGUCUAGCAGUAGCCGUCUGACUUCGUCACAAAGAAUCCAACCUGGAUAUGAGCCCAAAUCAUCUCAUACUCGUGGUGUGGCUUCUAAAGGCGCUCGUGAGGACACUUUUCGGAGCUUUGAGCUCCUCUCAAUCCGGAAGUGAUGAGAGAAUUUGAUGUUAGAAGAUGCUUAAGCAUCAUACUAAUACAUACUCUUAAAUGUCGAGCAAUCUUGGAAUUCAUAAUCUUGCCAUUGUAUAUGGGAUUCCACUUGAUCACUGCCAUCACUGACAAUAUCACCUUAAGAACAACAUUACCUGUCAUGUUCCUGCUGCCUUUCCUUUUCUAAUUUUUUUCCUCGGAAGUUUCCAAUUCUUGUAAUGUGUUCUAAAAACUUCCAAGAAGAAAACUAUGUAUGGAACAAUUUUCCCCUUAUAUAUACAUAUAGGACUCAGAUUGUGUUUACUUAA